UAAAAACUCAGCGGGAUUUUUAUAGCAAUUGCUACCGAUGAUCAUUUUGGAAGUUUGUAACCGAGCUGUAGAAGAAAUUCUAGUCACCAGAUUUGAACAAGCAAAGGAGGAAUCCAGAUAUGAUAAGAUUGAUUACACCGUUGCGGACUUCGAUAGUAUUGUUUACACCAUAAGUAACCCAAAUAAUGAUAAGAAAAAGAUACUUGUCAGUAUAUUCAUUAAAUUCUUCCAUGAAUUGAACGAACAUGGAGUAAAUGAAGUAUUGGCUCGUGAGUAUGGUGAUUUUCUCUCUUCAGCAGAGCCCAAUCAGAGUGUAACCUUAUGCAUAGAUUUGGAAAAACUACCUCCAGAUCAUAAUCAGUUAGCUCAUAAAUGUGGUCUUUUAAAAAGAAAUUGUAUGGCAGCUGUUUUUGAGAAGUUUUUCGAAUAUCAAAUUAAAUCUAACGUGGAUUCGGGUUCUAAGAGGGCGGUGAUACAUUAUAGAGACGAUGAGACAAUGUAUGUACAAGCACUAGCUGAUCGAGUUACAGUUAUCUUUAGUACAACAUUUAAAGAUCCAGACGAUUUGUUAAUUGGAAAAGUUUUUAUGCAAGAGUUCACUGAGGUAAGAAGACGUCUUGAUCGAGCACCUCAAGUAUUGUAUUCUCAUCGCGUUCCACCAAAAGAAUUACAGGGAACUGAUGCAGUUAUCAGUGACUCAGUUGCGUACAUUACUUUUGUGCUUUUUCCGCGUCAUUUAUCCACUGAAUCUGCGCGUAAUUCUACCAUCGAUUUAAUACAAACACUAAGAAACUAUUUACACUACCAUAUUAAAUGUUCCAAAGCUUAUAUGCAAAUGCGUAUGCGUGCUAAAACAGUGGAAUUCUUGAAAGUACUCAACCGUGCCCAUAUUGAACAUCCAACAAAUACUGUGAUUAAUACCAAUAUUACGACUGCUUCUGGUGAACCCACGCCUAUUUCACCAUCAGUGAACAAAAUUGGUGGUAUACAAAGUGAUAAUAUGGGUCGAACAAUGCGUACAGGUUAAUAUUUUCAAUCAAUCAAUCAAUCAAUCAA